AUGGGCGCCUCAUCCAACUGGCUCUCGUUAUCCAAAUCUAUCGGCGCUUCUUCUGCCCCUCGUAAAAGACGAAAACUCGCCCAUGAUGCCUCGCCCGCCGCCUCCUCUACCUCCGUCCCAGUCGCAGAGUCCGCCGACCUACCCCGAAAUAGGACCUCAGGUCCGCGCUCUAAUGCAACAAAAUCUCUCGAUGCUUCCCUUCUUUCCGACAAGACUAUCGUCAACGGCGAGUCGCUCGGCGCACUUCGCUCCAUGAUAUACGCCCCGCAAGACCUCGAGUCUUUCCCCGAGAAGGACCGUGCGCCAGGAACAUAUAUCGCCAUAGACUGUGAGAUGGUUGGCGUUGGCCCGGACGGCAAUGAGAGUAGUCUGGCGCGAGUGUCGGUCGUGAAUUAUGCUGGGGCAGUUUUGCUCGACGUCUUCGUGCGGCAACGAGAGCGCGUUACGGACUGGCGCACGCAGUAUUCAGGUAUCAGGCCCGCGGAUAUGGUGCAUGCCAAACCGUUUGAGGAGGUUCAGAAGCUCGUCUCGGGUCUACUGGACGGUCGCGUGCUAGUCGGUCACGCAGUACAUAACGACCUACACGCUCUCAUGCUAUCGCACUCGCGCGCACAGCAACGCGAUACACAAUUACUAGCGCACCGACACGGUCAAAGUAAAGCGCGACAUCCAGCACUACGAAAUCUUGCUCGGGAGAUGUUGGGCAUUGCUAUCCAAGAAGGAGAGCAUAGCUCGGUUAUCGAUGCGCGCGCGACUAUGGCAAUAUACAGGUUGCAUCGCAAGCAGUGGGAUCGCCCAUUCAACACGGCCUCCUUCCGUGUCAAGAGCAAAUCUGAAGGUCCCGCUGUAGUUGGGGGGAAACGAAAGCAUGACCCGCAGGAUGACGAUGAGAGAGACGACGUCUCGAUGUCCGCGAAGGAAGUGAAAGUGGCCAAGAGUGGGGCUGUCCAGAGAAAAGGGACAUCAUCCGGAUUGACGACUAUUGUGAAGAAUUCAGCGAAGUCAAUGAUCAUUGGGGGGUCAAAUACACCGCGACAGGGUACCGUAAACAAGACAAAAUGGUGGAAGGACUUGAGUGGUGGUACUACAGCCGUUAGGUCAGUGAAGGGUUCGAAGGCCAGUAUACGAGUCAGGUCUGAUUAA